GCAGCCUGCAGGGCCGAGGCGUGCUGAGCCGAGCCAAGCCGAGCCGAGCCGCUGUCAUCUCCCGUGCUGCUAACGAUGUCCAUCUACCUGCAGGACUGAAGCCUGGACAGCGCCACAUCCCGAGACCAACCCGAUCUCCCCCUGUACCUCUUUCAGUGUCCCUGCAGGUUGCAGCAUGGAGCGCUCCGGCAGCAUCCAACUGGACAUCCCGGACUUCAGUAACUCAGUUCUCUCCCACCUGAAUCAGCUGCGUGUCCAGGGCCGCCUCUGUGAUAUUGUGGUCAAUGUUCAGGGCCAGAGCUUCCGUGCCCACAAAGUGGUCCUCGCCGCCAGCUCGCCAUACUUCCGGGACCACAUGUCUCUGGGUCAGAUGAGCACUGUGUCGCUGACAGUAAUCCGAAACCCAUCUGUGUUUGAGCAGCUACUGUCCUUCUGCUACACGGGUCGCCUCUGCCUGCAGCUUGCCGACAUCAUUAGUUACCUGACGGCUGCCAGUUUCCUGCAGAUGCAGCACAUCAUUGACCGCUGCACCCAGAUCCUGGAGGGCAUCCACCUGAAGAUCAGCUUGGCUGACCUGGAUGAGGAACCUAGGGAGGAGGCGGCACGCAGCUCCAGGAGCAGCAAGACCCUGGAGGCUGUGGUGCGAGGAGGCAGUCAUCAUGGUGGUCUGCGGCUGCUUGGCUCACGGGGAAGCGCCGAGGUGAGUGAAGCGGUCAGCCCCACAGAGGAGACGUUCAGCCCGCCGCCAACAGUAGAGCACAGUGGGCUGGAGGGGCCUGGGACCGUAGGGAGCAGAGCAGGCAAAGAACCAAUCCUCCGUAUCAACCGGGCUGGUCAGUGGUAUGUGGAAACAAGCAGCGAGCCGGAGCGGAGUGGCAGUGCUGAGGAGGGACAUGGAGUCGUGGAUGGAGUCAGGAUCAAGACAGAGAGGAUGGAGGAGUGGAUUGGAGCAGGAGAGCACCAUGAGGAAGGGGGGCCUGUGGAGGAGGGGGCCACCGUGAUGAUUGAUACAUCUGGACGCAGCACGGUAGUGCCAGGGCCAGCGGGAGCAGUGGGGGCCCGGAGCGUCCAACCGUCCUCCAGCUUCAGUGAGACGGACAGGUUCAGUCCCACUGGCAGCGUGGUUGUCCUAGCUGAGCGUCAGAGAGCGAAGAGCGAGUCUCCAAACAGGGCGGACGAGCUGCGACAGCCAAACUCCCAGGGGGAGGAGCACACAGCAUUUGAUAUGGGUGGCUAUGAGGAGUACCUGAGGGAGCAGGUAGGAGACCGCUGGUUCCGCUACAACCCCCGCCUCACCUGCAUCUACUGCUGCAAGUCCUUCAACCAGAAAGGCAGCCUGGACCGCCACAUGCGCCUGCACAUGGGCAUCACUCCGUUUGUCUGCCGCAUCUGUGGAAAGAAGUACACUCGCAAAGACCAACUGGAGUAUCACAUCCGCAAGCACACCGGCAACAAGCCCUUUCACUGCCAUGUCUGCGGCAAAAGCUUUCCCUUCCAGGCCAUCCUCAACCAGCACUUCCGCAAGAACCACCCUGGAUGCGCCCCCCAGGAGGCCCAUAGUGCCUCCCCUGAGACCACCACCACCUCUGUCACAUCCAGGGGUGGUCCAAGCGACGAGGCCUCCCCCAGCCAGGAGGAGCCUGAGGGUGCGGGUGGUGGGAGCAGCAGUGGGGGUGGCCCGUAUGGCGAGGGUCCCCAGGCCUCAGUCUCAACCACGGGGCCUGACUGACCCUGAGGGAGGGAGGAUGCUAGGGUCAAGAUUGGGGUGGGGGCCAACAGACAUAGAGGGCCAGUCUGGUCCUGUUGUACCUGAAAGUAACAGGACACUGAACCCGCUGAAGUCUAAGCUGCAACAGAAAGAACACCUCAGAGUCCUAAUUGAGAUUUUUUUCCGCUUUAAACCGCAUCUACCUUCACUAACCUAACUGAACAGAUUAAGCUAAAAUGAAGAAAUGCCACACACUCCAGCAACCUCAUGCACCACCAGAUGCCGUGAUUCUGGUUUGCCUCCAUCUAGUUUAUGUUACAGAUUUCUACUUUUAUAUUUACAGGUUUUACAGGUUCACAAUGCAUCUUCACAACAGUCUGUCUGGUGGAAACUUUGCCAAACUACCCAGUGCCAGUUUAACAGUUCAAAUCCUUCAUAUUUGCCUUGAGACAAUCUGGAGCAGUCAGGUUAAUAAUAACAAUCCUGCGUGCUCUCUAAGUGCCACACCGGUGUAAAAAGGUUUCAUGCACAUAAAGGUUCCAUGAAAAACUACGACUGUUAAAGUUCCAGUGUGAUUGGAGUUUGAUCUUUUCCGGUCUUGGUCUCAUUACAAAAAAAUUUACUUAAUUUCCUUUAUUGGAAAGCUCAGUACAUGACAUCACUACAGUUUCACUUGCAUAACUUUUCUUACAAUGUCAAGGAAAACUAAUUGCACCCUGUUCUCUAUCUUUACGUUUACUCACGAUCCACUUAUUAAACCAAUGAUUAAAUUACUGUACCAUGUAGAAGCUUGUUACCUUUAGGGAUGCAGCUAACAACCAUUUUCAUUAUCAGUAAUGUACCUGUUAGUUUCUUGCUUAAUCAGUUAGUUUAUGAAAAAUUCUUUUUUUUUUUUUUUUGUCAGACCAGCAAUCUAUAACUGAAAUAUUUGUUUUAGGGUUUGGACUGUUGAGAUUAGUGUCUCAUAAGAUAAAGGAAGGGAGUGAAUAUUAAGGGAUGUUUGACAUUUUGGCUACAAAUAUCACCAAAAAAAGCAUAAUCUUGAUUGAAAUAGCCAAUUUAUUCAUAAUUAUCAACAAAUAACCCUAUCAUCUUUGUCAUUUACUCCAUCCAGUUUACCUUUGCAUUCAGGUGCAAAAACAAAGUAUUUCUUUAUCCAUCUAUCCAUCUUCGUCCACCUCAUCCGAGACCGGGUCACGGGGGCAGUAGCCUGAGCAGAGCCUCCCAGACUUACCUCUCCCCACAGACCUCCUGUAGUUCCUCAGGAGGAACCCCAAGGCGUUCCCAGGCCAGCCGGGAGACACACUCUCUCCAAUGUGUCCU